AUGGCAUCGUCAGUGGUAGAAGAAGCGAGAGUGCCAAGAAUCAAGCUGGGCUCACAAGGUUUUGAAGUUUCAGCUCAAGGGCUGGGCUGCAUGGGCAUGGCAGGCUUCUACGGGCCGCCUAAGCCCGAGCCCGACAUGAUCAAACUUAUUCACUAUGCUAUUAGCAGAGGCAUCACCCAUCUUGACACCUCGGAUGUCUAUGGACCCCACACCAAUGAAAUCCUGAUAGGCAAGGCAUUGAUGGAAGGAAUGAGGGAGAAAGUGGAGCUAGCAACAAAAUUUGCAGUGACUUAUGAGGAUGGGAAUUUCAAUAUAUGUGGUGAUCCAGCCUAUGUGAGAGCAGCGUGUGAGGCCAGCUUGAAGCGGCUUGGUGUGGACUGCAUUGAUCUCUAUUAUCAGCAUCGCAUUGAUACACAUGUGCCCAUUGAAAUCACGAUAGGAGAACUUAAGAAACUGGUUGAAGAGGGUAGAAUUAAGUAUAUAGGUCUAUCCGAGGCCUCAGCUUCAACAAUUAGAAGAGCACAUUCUGUUCAUCCAAUAACAGCUGUACAGUUGGAGUGGUCAUUGUGGACCAGAGAUGUCGAGGAAGAGAUUAUUCCCACUUGCAGAGAGCUUGGCAUAGGGAUUGUUGCAUACAGUCCACUUGGAAGAGGUUUCUUCUCAUCAGGUCCAAAGCUGAUCGAGAAUUUGGCUGAAGGUGACCUCCGAAAGUAUAUGCCAAGGUUUCAAGCAGAGAAUUUGGAGCACAACAAGAACUUGUACCAGCAGGGAAACGAUGUUUGUCCCAUAGCUGGCACUACCAAGAUCGAAAACCUCAAUGAGAAUAUAGGAGCUUUAUCUGUAAAACUGUCUGCGGAAGAUAUGGCUGAACUGGAAUCCACUGCUUCAGCUGGAGUCAAGGGUGAUAGUCAUGGCCCCGGCCUUAAUACUUGGAAAACCUCUGAUACUCCACCUCUGUCAACAUGGAAGGCUACAUGA